UCCCGUUUUUCUGUGCCACAGAUGUAUCGGUGGAAACAAUACCCUCGCCACAGCAGACGUCAGUUGGAGAGCGCUACACAUCGGAACAAAUUCGAAUUACAUAUUUGAAUCAAAUAGAACCCGAUAAUUUCUAGGACUAAUCAUAUUGUCAGAUUUAGAAUUUCAUCAUUGAUCCCGUCCACUGUUUUAAUAUAGACAUUUUAUUUAUAUGAGAAUGGGAAAAUUUCUAUAAAUAUAGUAGCUAGUGUUGAAGCGCUUAGCAAUGAGAUAGAAAUAAUUAAUUUAUAGAUUGUGGAAGAAUACAUUGAAAGAAAGAAAGCAGAAAAGAAAGAAACAGAAAAGAAAGAAAAAAACAUUCUGUUUCAAAAGAAAAUCAAUACCGGCAUGUCAAUUAAUAGGUUGUGCCAGGUCGCUUAUAGCGCACGUGUUGCCACAACCAAUGGACUUUAUCUGACGACUCCAUCUACACAUCAAUAAAUAAGUUGGACUCUGAUCAAGUAAGGGAAGCUACUACCUUAACAAGUUCGACGACUCAAGGCCUAACCCUUGUUGCCUCUCCACCAUGACAAGAGACGGGAUGACGCCGGUGGCUAAGUUGAGGGGCUCUCACAAGAAGGCACGUGAAACACAUUCAUUGCCCAUCCUAGAGAGGCCGGCCAGGGAAACCCCGUACCAGGACUACACGCGCAUCCGGAAAAUGAUCCAAGCUAAAGCUGACCUGAAAGGAGGAUUGACUAGCUCUGAUCUUUUUGUGGACGCCUCUUUCCCACCAGAUCGAUCGUCCUUGACCUACGUCUACAGCGGAGACGACAAGUAUGAGCACACACUCUUCCGGAGACCGAAAGAGACAAGAGAAACGCCGAUGCUGACUGGAGUCGGAGGAAUCUGUGACGAGCCGUUUCCUUGGCAAAUGUGGAAGCAGCGAGGGUGGUUUCACGGCGCCCUGGUGGUGGUGUCUCUCAGCGCCCGGGCUCUGGAGCGCCUGAUUCCAGGCUACAGGAACAAUGAACAAAACUUCGAUGCCAACUAUAGUGGCUGUUUUCACUUUCAUCUGUGGCGAUUUGGUGAAUGGGUGGACAUUGUGGUGGAUGACUAUCUCCCCAUGCUGGACGCCUUCCCACUCUUUUGCAAGCCCUUGGGUACUGCUGGUGAAAUGUGGGGACCACUGGUGGAGAAAGCCUAUGCCAAGUGCAAGAGAACCUUCCAAGCAAUAGAGUACGGCUUCACCCUGGACGUGUUGACGGACCUGACGGGAGCCGUGUGUGAGUUCUUCACACCGGACAUCGACCCACCCUCCAACCUCUUUCACAUCCUGUACAAAUCCGGCUCCUGUCGGUCACUCAUGGCCUGCUGGAGAAACAACAAGAGACUGACCCCAGCUGGAUUUAACUGGACAGACGACAGCGGAGGCGCCGACAGAGAACGUUACCUGCACAUCAUCACAGCUGUUACAAAGUUCUCAGUCAGUGGAGGCCGAAUGGAACCUAUGGUACGGCUGAAAUGUCCAUUCGCUGCGGAACCAAAAUGGCAAGGGCGUUUCUCUGAUGGUGACACUGCAUCUUGGCAGAAUGUCAACUCUGAGUUCAUGUCACGUCUGCAACCCCACACCAAAAAGGAUUCCGACGAGUACUGGAUGACGUACGGAGACUUCCGGUGUAAUUUUGGCGGCCUUUUCAUCAUCAGCUCUCCUGAACCUUUUCGAUUGGACGGUUUUAACAUUCAGAGGACUUACCGCACCUACAGCGAUGCGGGCCUGCACCACGCUGAGCCGUGGGUGGAAGGCAGCUACAGAAACAGGUCCCGCCGCUUCACCUCGCCGCAUGACAACUUGGCCAGGGAGGCUAUGAAAAGGCGCACGAACAGUGACUCCGAGUGCCAUUCGUACGGCACCUCCGACGCAUCCAGUGCGCCAUGUUCACCCACAAAGAUCAACCACAGGAAGGCGGAGUACGCUGAUGCGGCGAUGCGGAGGCGCAUGUUCGUGGCGAAAGAGAGAGACUAUCGAGCUCAGAUGGCUAGUGAUACUGAGAGACAGCACAAGGCCGAGGAGAAAUCCCUGAGCCCAACCCGGCAACAGAAUCGAGAAACCCAAGACGACAACACUAGCGACAGCAAGAACUUCUCCAGCUCCUGUCUGCCCAGUCCUCGUCGGAGAAAAUCUGCCGGGGAGAAGUUGAAAGAGGCGCCAAGGUCUUCUGAUAGCAGCCCCAAUAUCAAAGGUUCUAACGUCCUCAGGAAGACCCCCAAAUCAAACUUUAUGAAAAAACACAGUCUGGACACCACCCUGCAUGGAAUAUCGUUAUCCUCUCAACACUUCUCUAGCAUGGAGAGCUCCUCGGUUGUUUCCGAAAACGAUUCAGGGGUAUGGGCCACGCCCGUCUCACCCGAGCCCAGCUCCGUAGCCUCUUCGUCAUCUUGCGCCAACACUACUGACGAUACACAAUCCUCGGCGCCCGUUUUCACACUGCACCCGACCACGCCACCGACAGAGAGCAGCAUUACAGACAAUAAUCCGACAUCACCUGACGCAAAGUCCACGACGGACGACAGCAGACGGUUACAAGGUGCAGGGAGUCGUCCAGGAACAAACCAAGUGACUUCAUCCAAUUCCUUAAACUCUUUAACCCAGAGUUCCUUUCUGGCAACAAGGGCGGACUACUUCCGUUCUGACGGCAAGUGGAAAGUUAUAUUAGAACAUAAAGAUGUCUGGAGACGGGACACUCCAAGCGCAGACAGGACCCGGAUGGACAUUCACUCCAAGACACACCGUGUCUACUUCCUGGUCACCCGCCACGAGCUCAAGGACCCCCUGGUGCCGCCCACGCUGCAGGACAAACGCCACGUCCUCAUUUCCCUCAUCCAGGACUACAGGCACGGGGCGGGCACUGCCAACUCUCUGCUGGUACCAAUUGGCUUCUGUUUGUACCGGACCAAGCACUGUGAGCGCGAUGAGAAAAGGCACAUCUCCAAACUCCAUCUUGUUGGUCAGAUUGACGGGGAACCCGACAGAAGGGAGGUCACGGCGAGGUUCGACCUUGACCCGGGUGGUUACUUCUUGGUGCCUUACUACCAUGCCGAACAGCAUCAGGGCGAGUUUCUGCUUCGAGUCCUCAGUGAAUCUGACCUUGGUCAAGUCAAGGCUGGAUGCAAAAUCUCCUAGUUAAUGUCUAAAAGACAUUACCUUACAUCAGAUGAGGACGAAUACAUGGAAGGAGGGUGAGUGUUCGCACCUGUAUUCAUACUAUGACAAUAAAAGAAAAAUUGUCUGUCCAUCUACAAUGCAUGAGCCAGCGCUGACGACCAUCCACUGGAAAGCAGAAUUGUACUGCAUUACGUUCUGGGGGGUUUACAAACUUUAAAUGAUUCGUUAGCCAUUGUUAACAUGGGCGCAGGACCUGCAUUAUGUUCUGGGGUUUUACAAACUUUAAAUGGCUCAUAAUCGCAGGGCCUAAACAAACCAAAUGGAUCAAGCUAGCCCAAAGAGACGAGUUUAGUUUCAUCAUUGUCACAAGGUGCAUUCUUUAUCUUAGAUCGGAUCUAGGAAUUAGGAAUCAUUGGACCUGACUUGUGUUCCAUAUUACAUAAAAGCCGUAUAAUAAUAAUCAGCUGAAAGUAUGUGCUACAUGUAAAUAGUGACUGAACGAGAGAGAAAUUGAGUGAAGGAUUUUCAUGGAAGAGGUCAUCAAAGUUUUCGAUUACUGAGAAAUAUUUUACGUAGCGGGACGAUGAAAUUGUGCUCUGCAUUUCAAAAGAAGUGAUGGAGAACUCUCUAGAUCUUUAUUCGAGAUUUUAUACAUGAAAGCGAAUCCAUAAAUAGCACGUUUUAUUGUUGGUGUCUCCGGUACACAGAAGUAAUGAUAAGUCACAUGUUUUAAUUCAGCAGAUAAUUAUUUUGUGCACUUCCCAGCAGCAUAGAACCAAAUUGUAAUAACUGCCAUCUUUCUUUCAAUAUAGUGUCCUUGACAGAAUCAUUCCUGAUCUAUUUCUAUCUUCUUACAAUUUUGUACAAAUUCUAUCAAUCGACCAAUUUUCAUCUUGUACUAAAUGGUGUCACUUAAAGCAGUGCUUCCCAAACUUUUCCCUUAAUGGAACACUUUGCACAUUCUGAUUAUUUACCGGAACACUUCGCACAUUCUGAGUAUUUAUCGGAACACUUUGCACAUUCUGAGUAAUCGGAACACAUUGCUUAUUUUUUCAGAGAUAAAUUCACGUGGUGGCCUACUAGUUAAUUAUUCCAGUAGUUAUUGGAACACGUAUUCAAUCCUCGCGGAACACUAGGGUUCCGCGGAAUACAGUUUGGGAAACACUGGUUUAGAUAAUUUAAAAGGGAUACUCAAAAUCAAACUGCAAACAAAGAGCAGAUUACUGUGAUUUCCUUUAUUGUGAAAAUUCCCCAAAUAUGUGCAGAUUCAAAUCAGCGUACCUUUGAAGCGUUUAUUGAAAGAUGUCUGACAACUACCAACGACUAUAGAGAUAAAUCUAAGUUUGUGUGAAAGAUUGUCAAACAUUGGCUGCCAAUUAAAAAAAAAACAACAACACAAGAUCUGUUAGGAGGAUGAUUCCAUUGCCAACUACCUAUCCUGUCAGGUACGAUGAAGUGACUUAACUCUGUUCAGGCAGCACUGUACACGUCGCAUAUCAACAUGUCGAUUUCUGUUCUAUUUCCUAGACAUUGUGGUUUGUAGCUGUUGAGGUUUUGUUCUCAAACAUUUUUGUUCUGGGUUUUGAUAUGACACGUAGAAUACAUUUACUCCUAAUCAUGUCGUUAGACUCAUAGAAUGUUGUUUUGAUACAUUUUUGUUUUCUAUUUGGUAGAGUUUUUUGUUUGUUUUGUUUUGCAACAUCUAUAAUUACUAUUUGAACAAUUUGUAUAUAAAGCUAUAAAUAUAUUUGUUUAAUUUUUUUAAUUUUUUUUUUAUUUUAAAUACUGUAACAUUUUAAUGCCUAUUGAUAAAUAUUUCUCUAAUCCCAAAGUUACUUUCUUAUGGUGUCAUUGACUAUGUGUUUGUGUAUUGUUUACUCAUUAUCAUGAUGAUGCUUAAAUACAAUAUUUGCGUGUGUUUAUAGGAAUAUGCCUGUUUUACUAUUGGUCCCCUGAAGUAAAUGAAUUUGAACUUUUGAUAUGGGAAAAUGUUUUUUAUUUUAUAAUCAUUUAAUUUUCAUUGAAAAUUGUUUACAUUGAAAUUUUAUUAUUCUCAAUCAAAAAUAUUUAAGCGAUUUUUUUAAAUAACUUGUUAGAUUUCAGUUAUGCUAAUAAGAUAUCACACAUUUCAUUUUGUGUGUCCACAACACCCUCAUUCAGUCGUUCUUUUAAUUGUUCUUUUAUGUAAUAAUGAUGAUAACAGGAUAAGAGUAGACCCGAUGUUGAUAAAUGUGAUACGAUGUAAGGAUUUGUGGAAAUAGAAGGUGACUUAAAUUGAUCUGAUCUGACAAAUAGGGACUAAAGAUUUAUCUGAUGUGACUAAAUGGAACCUAAAGACUGACUUUUAUGACGCUACAUGAUCUGAUGUGACAAAAUGGGAUCCAAAGAGUGACUUUAUGUGACGCUACGUGAUCUGAUGUGACAAAAUGGGAUCCAAAGACUGACUUUAUGUGACGCUACGUGAUCUGAUGUGACAAAAUGGGACCCUACGAAACUUGAUGUAAUUAAACGUGACUUGAUGUGAAGGGGCUAAAGUCGGAGCCGUUUAGGAGAAGCAGCAGCAAAUUAAACAUUGAGUGAUGUGAACAAAUGUAAGCGUGUGUUUCAACUUCACCUAUCCCUUAGUCUGUUGGACCGUUGGGGCACCACACAAGAUUUAUCAAUCGUAUGUCUCCAUUUCACUCUGUCUUUUGCCUUGGAUAGAACCUUUUUAAACGGUAGGGCCGUCCAUUCCUUUAUGCUGUCUUCCCAUCGCUUUCACUAUUUGCCUCUUCUUCUUUUACCUGGUACUGUUCCUUGAAGAAAGGUCUUUUUACAAGCCCCGAAGACCUUGUAAUAUGGUCAUAGAGCUUUAGUUUUCGUUUUAUUUUACACUAGUUAGCAGGUCAUCGUGGUGUCCAGUCGCUGAAGUAGCCCUGUCUCUAAUCUCUUCGUUUGUGAUGAAGUCUUUAAAUAUGAUACAUAGGAUAGGAUCCUCCUUUGGCAUCUCAAUUCUAUUGCUAGGAUCCUCAUAUCUAGCUCUGCAGUCAGCGUCUAAAGACUUACAAGUAUUUAAGAAUGUGGCCAUGACCAGGGAGCACAUCAGUCUGACUUUGGUGUCGUUGCCUUUGUCGAUAGACGCUAUGUCUAAGCGUGUAUGUCUCGAUAGACGCUAUGUCUAAGCGUGUAUGUCUCGACAGACUCUAUGUCUAAGUGUGUAUGUCUCGAUAGACUCUAUGUCUAAGUGUGUAUGUCUCGACAGACGCUAUGUCUAAGCGUGUAUGUCUCGAUAGACUCUAUGUCUAAGUGUGUAUGUCUCGAUAGACGCUAUGUCUACGCGUGUAUGUCUCGAUAGACGCCAUGUCUAAGCGUGUAUGUCUCGAUAGACGCUAUGUCUAAGCGUGUAUGUCUCGACAGACGCUAUGUCUACGCGUGUAUGUCUCGAUAGACUCUAUGUCUAAGCGUGUAUGUCUCGACAGACGCUAUGUCUAAGCGUGUAUGUCUCGACAGACGCUAUGUCUAAGCGUGUAUGAGCUGUUCCUAAAACUUUACUUAACACAUCCAAGUUUUUGAGUCCAACAAGUUCUAACUAGCUUCAUCUUUCAAUUUCUUGUCCUUUUGUAUUGAAUUUUCCAUUCAUUUUGUUCUCAGUAUUUUUUUUUUUUUAUUGGUUGACAAUUGUAUUUUUUGGUUACUCGUAUUCAACUCAACAGUCACAUGGUUAAUAAGUCAAAAUAUUUCGAUGUAAUGCGAAUAAAGUAAUAAAAUACUUUUUGCUGAACUUUUUUUUUUCAAACUGAAUUAAAAAAGAAUUAUACUUAGGUGCAAAGAAAAAGCGGGAUAGAUUAUUAAAGAUAGAGUGGGCCAGUAGUAUGACAUGGUGAUUGGGAUUGCAGACAAAGUAGGGAAAGAAUAGAUUGUAGUUAAAUGCCAUGGUUAACGUUUUGAAAAUGUGUAUGCUAUAUUAUUGUUCUAUUAUGCUAACAUUUUUUCUCAAAAGCUAUUUGUUUUUUUAUUAUUAUUUAUGAAUCAUUUAUUUAUUUAUUACAUACGAAUUUCUAGAAAUCACUAGCGGACAUUGUUAUUUAUGUGUUGUGUCUUUUAUUUAGAAAACUGUAUUAUGGUUGUGGUUUUCUCCCUUGCCUUACAUUCGAAGCUUUUCUAUAAAUAUGUUAUCAUAUCUUUUUGUAAACAAGAAAAUAUGAACGUGUGAUUUCUCUGACGACAUCACAUCAUUGUAAUAUUGCUAUGUCACAACGUGUCACAACAAUAACAUCAUUGAAGCCUCGGCUGUCACAGAAUGUCACAGUUGGAAAGUGUCUUGUAAAUGUCCAUUCAAUUACUCAGAAUUUUU